UGAUAACGCGAUCCGCCUACGGUUUUUUUCUCUUUUAAUUAUUAUAAUAAUAAUAAUAAUUAUAUUGUUAUUAUCAUUGGCUAAGAGACGUCCAUCUCAUCUUCGUCGAGCCCGAGUCCGAGCUGUCUCUAUAAAUCCCGCCCUUUUUCCUCUCCUCCUUCGUAGCCCCCAUUUGGAACCAUCUCUCUCGCCUCGAUCUUGGUCGAAGGCUCUGGAAGGUUCCCGAACCGUCCGUCCGAUCGCCGUGAAGCCCGAUCUCGAUGGCGGCGGCGGUGGCGUCGUCUCCGCCGUGGAGUAGGUUGGAGGAUAAGGUGGUGAUGGUCACCGGCGCCUCCUCCGGGAUCGGCCGCGAUUUUUGCAUCGACCUCGCGCGCGCCGGGUGCCGCGUCGUGGCGGCGGCGCGGAGGAUCGAUCGGUUGAGAGCCCUCUGCGAGGAGAUCAACGGCUCGGGAUCGUCUUCGUCGUCACCCUCGGCGGCGGGCCGGGAUCGCUCCGCCGUCCGAUCGGUCGCCGUGGAGCUUGACGUGAGCGCCGAGGAAUCGGCUAUAGAAGCCGCGGUGGGGAGGGCGUGGGGCGCCUUCGGAAGGAUCGAUGCGUUGGUGAACAACGCCGGGAUCCGCGGUGGGGUCCGUUCCCCUUUAGAUUGGUCUGAGGGUGAUUGGAAUGCCAACAUUAGGACAAACCUAACUGGACAAUGGCUGGUAACAAAGCAUGUGUGCAGGCACAUGCGAGAUGCGAAGCUAAAGGGAUCGGUAAUCAACAUUUCAUCCAUUGGCGCUAUUAACCGUGGACAUCUACCGGGGGGGAUUGCUUAUGCUGCAUCGAAAGCGGGUGUUAAUACCAUCACUAAGGUUAUGGCUUUGGAAUUGGGGGAAUAUAGCAUAAGAGUGAACUGCAUCGCACCUGGGCUAUUCAUGUCUGAGAUAACUGCUGCUCUCAUGCAGAAGGAAUGGCUCAAAACUGUAUGCGAGAGGACAGUUCCCUUACGAACUUAUGGAACAUCCGAUCCCGCGUUGACGUCCCUUGUCCGAUAUCUGAUCCAUGAUUCCUCAGACUAUGUGACGGGCAACAUCUUCAUCGUCGACUCUGGUGUCACCCUGCCAGGUGUCCCCAUCUUCUCUUCUCUAUGAUCUCAGACUAUGCGCAACUGGUCGUGAAUAAGUUUGAAACCCCCGGAAUUGGAAUGCCAUUGUACUCAAAAAGUGAUACUAGAUGCAGUUUGCAUGCGAACUUGAACUGUAAUUAGACGAAGAAUUGAGAGUAUGCCAUGGUUUCAGGUCACUAUUACAUUUUAUCAUAUUGUUAUGGUUCUCUGCAUGGCAAUUGCAAAUAUUGUUGCUCCGAAAUAUCAAGCUGUGCUCUGUUAAGUUAGAAGUGAUCAUUAUGGAUUGGAUCAGGGUUGUAACAUAGCUUAAUCGCUUUUUCUCC